AUGCCCGUGCUGAUCCCCCCAGCCGAGCGCCGCCAGGACCCGCGCGUUGGGGCUCCGGCGUGGCGCCAGGCGGCCACGGCCACCCUGCAGAAGGCGCGCCGGCUGACCGACCGCUGCGAGCAGGAGGCGGUGGCCAUGUGGCAACCCGAGGACAGCGUGCGGGAGCCGCACGUGGCGCGCCACCUCUGCCGCGCCGCCUACAUCCUGCCCUGGCGCUUCCGCGUGGAGAUGCUCGCGGGCGGCGGCACCGUGGAGAAGCCGCCGCCGGGCGAGGGCGUCACGCUGUGGAAGGGCAAGGUGAAGCCCCCCGCCUGGCACGCCCGCCUGCCGCUGCCCCUGCACCGCGACGCCCGGGCCCUGCAGAGCGCCGAGGUGGUGCACGCGCACGCGCGCGGGGCGCGCCUCGCCGCCGCCCGCCUGUGCCGCGCGCAGCACCAGGUCAAUGGGCAGCUGUGGCUGCUGCAGAGCCAGCGCGAGGCCACCGACCGCGGGCUCGCCCAAGUCCGCAAAGGCCUGCUUAUUAACCAGCAGAGCAGCAAGCUUCGGGGCUACCGGCCCAAGUCUGAGAAGGUCCCUGACAAAGCUGACAGUAUGCUUACGUGGGAGAAGGAGGAGCUUAAGAGCAUGAAGAGGAAGAUGGAAAGAGAUAUGGAAAAAUCCGAGGCCCUGCUCAAGGCCCUGGCCUCCUGCCGCGACACUCUGGCCUUCUGCUGUAAGGAGAGGCUCCAAGCUGUGGACCUUAUGAACCAGCCGCUGGAUAAGGCUGGCCGCCACUCCUGGGUGAACCUCUCCCGCAUCCCUUCCCCGAGCUCUCAGGGCCAAAGAACGCCGCCUCCAGACCCUGUGGGCUCCUAUACCCCAGACCGUGCGGGGUGGGACCAGGGUCGCUCGCCAGGCCGGCCCGGGGGCCUCACCGCCCCGCACACCGCACUCCGCCAGGGUCCUCUGUCAAAACGUCACCUGGAGACCCGAGAGAAGCUGGACAGACCCCUGGUUCGCGUGUACCAGAGUCACGUGGGCACCCAGCUGCCCGAAGCCACGCGCCUCGCCCAGGGCACUGAGAAGCUGCAGCGCCACAUCUCGCGCGUGGAGGAAAACCUGCAGGAGCUGCUCGCCACGCGCCAGAACCUCGCCCGAAGCCUCAAGUGCAAGAGGAUCGGGUACGAAGUGGACUUGAACGUGGUGCGCCUGCGCCUGCGCCAGGGGCACCCGCGCGUGUACCACCAGCAGGCGCAGCGCCUGGUCAACGACUGGGACCCGCGCACGCCGCCGCCGCGCGCGGAGUCCAGCGCCCCCGCCAAGUGA